GGAGGCGCAGUAGAGAAGUUGUUCCAGUUGUUCCAAAGCUCCAUGGCUUCGUCCAUGUCCUGCGCUCGUCUCGCUUCAUGGACUCUCGCCGCGCUCAUUCUCCAGAUCCUUGGUCCUUUCCCUUUUCGGCAUCGGCUUCUUUCCCGUCAAGCCCAACCUCCCAUGGAAUCAGUGGCCUGGAGAGUUAUCGGGUGCCGAGUUGCGACGCGGAAGUGAAUGCUGAGGCGGUUGAUCUCCCACCUGAUCAGCUUAAAUCGUUGUAUAGGGAUUUAUCUAAAAUGCCUCCGACAUUUGAUCGUCUUGUACUGAUGGUUGUUGAUGGGUUACCUGCUGAAUUCAUUUUGGGUAGAGGUGAUAGCCGUCCAAGUAAGGCCAUGAUGGAGGCGAUGCCCUACACACAAUCUUUGUUAUUGAAAAGAGAGGCAAUAGCAUACCAUGCAAAAGCUUCACCUCCUACUGUGACCAUGCCUCGACUAAAGGCUAUGGUUUCUGGUGCGAUUGGAGGCUUUCUAGAUGUGGCAUUCAAUUUUAACACCCAAGCCUUUUUAGAUGACAAUCUACUUGAUCAGCUUUAUCGCAUUGGUUGGAAAUUAGUGAUGCUUGGGGAUAAUACAUGGAUUAAAUUGUUUCCAGGUUUAUUUUCAAGACAAGAUGGAGUAAAGGAUACAGUUGAAGUUGAUUACAAUGUCACUCGUCAUUUGGAGGCUGAGCUUGCUGCUAAUGACUGGAGUCUUCUGAUUCUUCACUAUCUUGGCUUAGAUCAUGUUGGACAUAUUGGUGGGCGGCAGAGUAAGUUGAUGGCCCCAAAGCUAAAUGAGAUGGAUGAAGUUAUUAAGACGAUUCACACACGGCUAGCUCAAGAACAAGACAAUGUUGACAAGCGGACACUCUUG